AUGGAUGAAGCAAUCGCCACCUUAGUUGCUGUGACCGGCACGACACCUGAGCUGGCCGCUCAGUAUGCCCAGUUGGCCGAUGGCGAUGCCAACCAAGCGGUCACAUUAUUCUUCGAAAAUGGCGGGGCGGAUCUGGCUGCCUCAACCUCGUCACAACUCCCUUCCACUGCAACCUCAAACCAGCCUGGCCAUGCCCAAGAUCCUAUAAACAUCGACGAGGACGAUAAUAUUACCGAUGACAAUGAUCCAGAGAUCACAGGAUUUCAAAGAAAUUCUGGUCGUAGCCGACCACCGCCACCGAGUGCUGCCGCAGCACCAUUCGAAGAUGAUGAAGCGAUGGCGAGGCGGUUACAGGAGGAAAUGUAUGGUGGAGGUGGUGUUGAUGAACCUCUGAGAGCGCCCAUUGCCCGACAAUCGGAGACAUUGGUCGGUGCUGGAGCAGACUUGCCUUUGUCCGGGUCCGAUUAUGAUGCUGCGGUUCAAGAAAGAUUGAGAGCGUUCAAUAGCAGAACGAGUAGAGCUCGUGCAGGCAUCUUCAAUCAACAUCAGCCAUCAAGCAUCUGGGAGAGGGACAGUGAGACUACAAACAACACCCUGGCAGAAUCGACUGGAGGGGCCUCAGAAGCAUCACAGAGAAACAACAGACUUGCAAGACUUUUCCAACCACCUUGGGAAUUAAUGUACAAAGGCGAGUGGGAGGAUGCAAGAGACGAAGGCAAGGAACACAAGAAAUGGUUGCUGGUUGACAUUCAGGAUCCAUCAAUCUUUGAUUGUCAAGCCCUGAACCGUGACCUUUGGAAAAACGAAGGCAUAGUGGAGACAGUCAAGGAGAAUUUUGUUUUCCUGCAAUACAACAAGGAAGACCCAAGAGCCAGUCAAUACGUGCAAUACUACUUCCAAGCAUAUGAGAGCCAGGAUAUGUAUCCUCAUGUCGCUAUCGUUGACCCACGGACUGGAGAGCAGAUCAAGUUAUGGACGAGGAAGAUUCCGUCACCUGCAGAUUUCUUGAUGCAACUACACGAAUUUUUGGAUCGGUACAGCUUGGACAACAGUGCACGCAACCCGGUGGCUAAAAGAAAGUCAGAGGCAAAGAAGGAGAAACCAGUCGACCAAUUGACCGAGGAGGAGAUGUUAGAAAGAGCAUUGCAAGCCAGCUUAGCGUCACAAAAUCAGGAGCUGAAGCCACCCGAGACUGAGGACCCUGAUGAUCUCACUCGAAGCGUGGGCGAUGUGCGAGCAACCGCACCAUCUGCCAAUGUGGACGCCAUGGAAGUGGACCAAGAGGAGCCAAGCGAGCCACAAGAAUCGAAUGCUUUUGCUCAGAUCCCCUCUGACCAACCUCACAGCGAACCCGCGGCGGGACCAGGAAUUACGAGAGUCCAGAUCAGACAUCCUGGCGGUAGGAUUGUUCGUCGAUUUGCCGAGAGCGACCCAGUGCAACGCAUCUAUGAAUUUCUCAAAUCUGAGCCGUUGGAAGGCAAAGCAGGAGCCGACUUUGAAUUGAUCUCCAUGGGAAAGAACCUCAUUGAUGCUCGUCAAGAUACAGUGGCAGACGCUGGACUCAAGAAUGGAACGGUCAUGGUUGAAUUUGUGGAAUAG